AUGAACAAAAAUGGAAACAGAGUUGUGCACAUGUCAAAUCAAGAGGCACAUAAGUACUUGCGUCAUAACAAGCCAGGUGUUCGUCUCUCAGAAAUUAGAGCCCCACCCAGGGCCUAUGUGAGACCUCAAGGUUUUCAAGUGGUGCCAGGUCUCAUAGGCAGAGGUGGAAAACAGCCUGCCCCUAGUCCUAACCAGACAGCGUCAUAUUAUGAGGCCCUCCAGGAAGAAAUGAGCAGCCCAUCUCCAGAGCUUGGAGAUCGUAUUGCAUGGGAUCUCCUUCUUCUACAACUGGAGAAUAAGUUACACCCAAACAGGAAUCAAAUGGAGACUCUCGAUAUAGAUGCCCAGCGUCGUGAACUUCUGUUCUCUCAGGCCUAUGACAACGUCCUGAGGGAACAAAGCUUGCUAAGUGCUUGGCACCAAGCUGCAUUUCCAUCAAACAGCCAACAGUCGAAUAAUAAAAAUAAUAAUAAUAACAACAAUAAUAAGAAGAACCUGUCACCGAGGUAUGGUAAAAUUUCUGGGAAUCAGGAUGGUGCAAGAGACAGAUAUUUCAAAGGAAACAGGAACAGCAAUGGCCAUCCUUGGGGGCCUACGCGCCUACCACGAAUCCAGACCAGCAGCAACAAUAACAACAAUAAUAGUAACAGUAGCAGCAGCCCAUUCAGUCCAGCCUCAGAUCUCAGACGACUCCUUCGUUCGACUAAUCAGUCUCCAGAGAUUCCCACAAGGGAACAUUCUGUCAAAAACAGCAGAGGUGACGAUCAGGCAGAAACCGAUUUCAAUGGUCCAUACAACUUCAGACAGUUACUGCGCCCAACUGAACAUCUGCCUACAGAAUCUCUCCGCAAGAGGAAAGGUAUCUUGAUGGGAGAAAGGACCAGUAUGCCCCACACCAGUGUAACUCCACCAAACCAUCCAGAUGACGACAGUCCUAGUAAGCGAAGAGCAAAACCAGUUCACCCUAGGAAGAUAUAAGGAUCUUCGCUGGUGCCAUGCUAUGAUGUCCUAUCCAAGGUCUUUGCAACUAUUUCACUGUACAGGCCAGAAUUGGUAUAUAAAUGACUUUUGGACCAAAGAAUCUGAUACCUUGAGGACUGAAUUAAAUCCUCCCUGUUAUUUGUAUUCUUCCAUUCCUAUACUAUUAUAUGAAAAACCUGAUAAUAUAUAUUUAAAAUAUGCUGUCCCAGAAUUUUGAAAUACAUUCCUUGUGAUCUGCAUUGAUGACUGGCCCUUUUGUAAAUAACUCUAAUGUAUAUUUUAUAUCAAAUUUCUCUUACACAGGUCUACAGUUUUCAUUUGUAACUGUUUUUAGUUACCCAUGCUAUUAUAUUAAUAAAAUGCAAAAACAGA